AAUUUUAAAUUUAAGCUCCUGACUAAAUAAUGAUUCCGUGGUCAACGGCCAGGGAACCUGGGCACCCCGGAGCCUCUGGAGGGUGCAGUGGGGUGUAGGCAAGGGCAGGGGGAGUGGGCGAAGCCGCUGGUUGGUGCCUGAAAUCUGUGCGUUGCCCCUUUAAUUGUGUCCCCAGCCCUCGGGCGUUUCUGUCCAACGCCCACGUCAGCAAAUACCUUUUGUUUCUCUCACGUUGGGGCUACUUGUUUUAGGGCGCAAAGGAGCGGCUUCGAAAGUGGGUAUUUCCCCUGCCGAGGUCCAGGAAUCCUCCCCCAGCCCGCGCGCGCGACCCGCCGGUGCGCCGCGGCCCGCGGACAACCCUUCAUAUACAGAGUGUGUUUGACUUGGAAUCUUCCCUUUUUUACUCCACUCAAUUGACUUAGCAGGGUUUCAAGAGCAGCGUUCAUAAAUUUUCAGGCGUGUGAUUGGGCCCAGGCAAGAUCAGCAGAGCUCUCCUAACAAGUCCGCCCAGAUCAGCCAACACACAGGCUUAAUGGAGAUCUCCUCUCACCAGUCCCACCUCCUGCAGCAACUGAAUGAACAGCGCAGGCAAGACGUCUUCUGUGACUGCAGCAUUCUGGUGGAAGGGAAGGUCUUCAAAGCGCAUCGGAAUGUAUUAUUUGCUAGCAGUGGUUAUUUCAAAAUGCUCCUUUCUCAGAAUUCGAAGGAGACAAGUCAGCCCACCACAGCUACCUUUCAGGCCUUCUCCCCUGACACUUUUACGGUCAUCCUGGACUUCGUCUAUUCUGGCAAACUCUCUCUCACGGGUCAGAACGUCAUAGAAGUGAUGUCAGCCGCCAGCUUCCUUCAGAUGACUGAUGUCAUUAGCGUAUGUAAGACCUUUAUUAAAUCUUCACUAGACAUCAGUGAGAAAGAAAAAGAUCGCUAUUUCAGUCUCUCCGAUAAAGAUGCCAAUUCUAACGGUAUAGAACGUUCCUCCUUUUAUAGCGGCGGCUGGCAAGAAGAAAGCGGUUCUCCGCACUCUCACCUGAGCACAGAUCAAGGAACAGGUGUCAUAAGUGGGAAAUCUUGGAGUAAGUAUAAUUACCAUCCAGCCUCCCAAAGGAAUACUCAACAGCCUUUGGCCAAGCAUGAACAAAGGAAAGACUCCAUUAAAAAGUCCAAACAUUUGAGGCUGUCACAGCCUUCUGAAGUCGCUCAUUAUAAGUCCAGCAAACGAGAAGCACGAACCUCAGAUUCUUCCAGCCACAUUUCCCAAUCUGAAGAACACGCACAGAUUGAUGCUCACAUGGACUCCACGCCCGUUGGCUAUCCGUACGGUCCAGGAUCUGAUGUCACAUCCAGAAGCUUUCCAGAUGAUCUGCCCAGGAUGCGGUUCAAGUGUCCCUACUGCACCCACGUGGUGAAGCGGAAGGCAGACCUCAAGCGCCAUCUUCGCUGCCAUACAGGGGAAAGACCCUACCCGUGUCAAGCCUGUGGGAAGAGAUUUAGCAGGCUGGACCACCUCAGUAGCCAUUUCCGCACAAUUCACCAGGCAUGCAAAUUAAUCUGCAGGAAAUGCAAACGCCACGUGACUGAUCUAACAGGGCAAGUGGUCCAGGAAGGAACCAGGCGCUACAGACUCUGUAAUGAGUGCCUCGCUGAGGUGGGCAUAGACCGCCUCCCCAUUGAUCUGGACGCCGAACAGCAUCUUAUGUCCCCAUCAGAUGGAGAUAAAGAUUCCAGAUGGCACUUGAGUGAAGACGAGAACAGAUCGUACGUGGAGAUCGUAGAGGAUGGGUCUGCCGAUCUGGUCAUACAACAGGUUGACGAUAGUGAAGAAGAAGAAGAGAAGGAAAUAAAGCCCAACAUUAGGUAGCUAACGUGCGAACCAACAGAGCUGGCAUGUCUGCAACUUACGCUGACUUCCUGUAUCUCUCUCUUUCCGUGGUCAGAGUCUGGCUUACAAAGGCAUCAGACUGACAUUAAGGUGAUGGCCUAAUAGAACUUGCAUGCUUUCCGAACAGGUCAUGGUACCCAUUCUGAACUUUGUUGCCCUAAAAUGUGUUGCUGCACUGGAAAGAAAGACCCAGCUUGAGUUGGCAUGAUGAAUGAACAAUUAAUCCUCUUCCUUUUAUCACAGAGAUACAUUUUUUCUUUUAAUAUUGAAAGAUCUACUUAGCAAACUUUUCUCAAAGAAAAUAUUUUAAAUAAAUUUACCACAACCAAACUUUAUGUAAGAUAAUUUCAAGGUGUUUCAAAAACACAAACUCUACCAAUAUUGAAUUUUCACGGGGAACCAAGGAAGAGCACAUUUAAGGGUCUGGCACCCUUACCUGGCUGAAUUAUAAGUCUUUCUAUUAAUUUCAGAUCUAAUUUAAUUUCAGAUCUAAAACAACCUUUCAGUAUCCCAAUAUCCUAGAUAUUGUUUUAGGAGUAUGGCAGACGACAAAUCUAAAAUGUGUGAAACCGUUCAUAGUUGAACUUUUUGUCAUUAAGGUAAAGAUGACUCUUGUGUAGUCAUAUUGUUUAAAAACAAAAAUCUAAAAUAGAGGAAGACCUGAGAUUACAUACGGACAUCAUCUUCUAAAGCAGGAAACAAAUACUGCCUGAAAGUUAAGGUAGUUUGUGAAGAUCUGUCAGUAUAAUUCUCUUCCUCUCUAAAGGAAAACGAGCAAACAAACAAACAAACAAAAAGAUGAACAAGAAAAUUAGAGUUUACAAGUUCUUAAGAGUAAUUUCUAACAUUUAUUGUUCUGCUAUAUUAUUUCUAAAGUGCUCUCUCACACAUUUUCUCACUUAAUCAGCAAGGGAGAUAUUACUGUCUCUAAUUUACAAGUGAGGCGAUUAAUCAGAAAGUUGAAGUGGUGGGACUGGUGAUUCAGGUCUUGAUUUUAAACAGCCUUCUUUCAACUGUCCCCAUAUUGUCUCCUGAAAUGGUGAAAAAUUGAAGUCAAACCUCACCAAUCUGCAGUAAUCAGAAAAAAAGCCUAUUAGAAUUAGAAAGCACGAAAGAAGAACUUAAUAAGCUUCAAGAACACAUAAUAACUUGGAUUAGAGUUAUCUAAGAGUGUUCACUGAUGUCCCUCCAGUGUCCACUGACAUGUUUUUAAUGUCAAGUUAUUUAUAUGUACAUGUUAUAUAUAACACUCUUUGAACAAGUUAUUUCUUACAUGCUUUAAGCAUUUUUCUUAUCUUGUUUAUAUCAUUUUUCAAAACAAACUUUCCUCCUAGGACAUAAAGUUGUGUUUAAACCCCACGCCUGUAAGGGGUGCCUGGCUGCAACUGUUGAUCUUGGGAGUUGUUAAGUUUGAACCCAGCUUGGGUGCAGAGAUUACCUAAAAACAAAAAAACAAAACAAAACAAAACAAAAAAACUUUAAAAUAAAAUAAACUCCUCCCCUUUAUGAAUUAUGAAACAUUCUAAAAGUACAGUUCAAUCAGAGAAGCAUUAUUUUAGUUCUGAAGUUAAAAUCUGAUUCCUGGAAAAACUGACUUACUGAAGGUUGCUUCAGAUUAUUACACUUAAGCUUGAUAUAAUUUAAUUUUGAUAGAGGCUCCAUGUAUUAUACCAUAUUUCUAAAUGUCAUGAUGUCCCUCAAAAUGAUAUUUUCCAUUUUAUUUUUUGUCUUAAUUACUGAUUGUCCUUGAUACUGACUGGAUGGCUAAAAUGGUUAAUUUCUAAAACCUUUCUUACAAAUAGAUGAGUAACCAUUUGUUUUUAUUUUAUGGUACUUAAUGCUGAGUGAGACCUUUCCAAGAUUCCCCUGAUGGUAAAUUUCCAGUUGCUUCAGGACUGGAUGGCAUGUACCGAGUUCACUGUUCUCCCAACAUGACUGGUCCCAAAUCAGGAGUCUUCACAAUUAAGUUGUAUCCAAAUGAGGGAGGGAAGCACUUGUCAUUCCUUAACCUCACCAGAUGGUAACAUCUUUUAAAAUUGUUAUCUAAUGUUUAGUCCUUGGAGCCAAUAGGAAAAAUGAGUGAUUGGAGCUUUAUUCAUGAGAAUGAAGUAGUGCAUGUAUUAUGCUCUAACGCACUUUAGUCUGUGAUCUAAAUGUUCUCUUAAUGCUUCUGCAUGCAAACAUCAGCAUGGAUGUCAGCCAAGUCCACGGAACACACUGCCACCAGCACCUGUACAGCCUUACCUGAAAUAAUGCUUUCUCGUUGUUUAUAACAAGCAUCAAGCUCUCCCACAAAACAGCUAUCAAGUUCAUCAGACUAGACAGCGUAUCUGUUCUACCAUUUUAGUAUCAUAAAAGAAGAACAUUUGUGACAUUUGUAAGCUGUAAAUAAUAACUCCAGUUAUCAUAUCAUAUGUAUCUAAGACAUUAGAGACCGAUUCUUUCCUAGAGUGAGACUGUCCAUUAAUGGUUUCUGCGAAAACAAAAUUCUUUGGCUUUUAAAUGUGGGAAAAUGUUACAUGGGGGUAUAAUCUGUUAAUAUAAGCUUUAUUUAUGCCAAGGAUUAUUUUUUAAUAUUAGCAAAAUAGUGAGAGUUCGUUAGAACAAAGUUUGCUCUUACAGUAAUGCUGCUUAUCAGCUUCUGAACGCCCUUCUAACCCUGGUCCUCAAGAGUGUGUGGUGAUGGGAAGAAGUUUUGCAAAAUAAAACAAUAUUGCAAUCAUGCCUAGCAGCUGCAGAAAA